AUGUCGAGCUUUACCUCUCCUACUCGAGCCAGCUACUCUUACGAGACUUCUGGUCCACGAGCCCUUUCUCUAGAGCAACAAAGGGGAAUAGCAGCAGCUCAGGCUGCAUCGGGAGAGGCUCGACGCACAAGCACAUCUACAUUCACUCCUAGCUCAUCGUCUCUCUAUGUUGGUGAACUCGAUCCAUCCGUCCAGGAAGCCACUUUGUUUGAAGUAUUUAGCAAAGUCAGCCCUAUUGAAAGUGUUCGCAUAUGUAGAGAUGCGAUCACUCGUCGUAGCUUGGGUUAUGCAUACGUGAACUUCAAGACCCAGGCUGAUGGCGAAAAGGCUCUCAGUGCUUUAAAUUACACAACUAUAAAAGGAAAGCCUUGUCGUAUUAUGUGGUCUCAAAGAGAUCCAUCAAAACGGAAGGCUGGAAGUGGAAACGUAUUUGUAAAAAACCUUGAUGCUACUGUUGGCACAAAGGAACUUCAUGAUACAUUUGCCAAAUACGGCAACAUUCUUUCCUGUAAAGUAGUAACAGAUGAGAGCGAUGUAUCUAAAGGCUAUGGCUUUGUUCAUUAUGAGACUGAGCAAGCUGCUGAUAAUGCUAUUUCAAAUGUGAAUGGCUUAACUCUAUACGGAAAGGUCAUUUAUGUUGGUCAUUAUAUAUCAAAGAGGGAGCGCGAGACAAAAGUUGAAGAAGUCAAGCAACAGUUCACCAAUAUAUAUGUAAAGAACCUGGUACCUGACAUUAAAGACGAAGAGCUCCAAGAAGAAUUUGGAAAAUUCGGUCCCAUCUUGUCCCUUGCAAUCCAGCGUGAUGACUUUGGUGUUUCUAAAGGAUAUGGCUUUAUCAAUUAUGAGAAUCAUGAAGACGCCGAGAAGGCUGUUCAGCAGAUGCACGACACAUUAUAUCUCAACAAACGUUUAUUUGUUUGCAGAGCACAAAAAAAGUCUGAACGUGAGGAUGAACUUCGCAAACAGCACGAACAAGCCAGGCUAGAUAAGCUAGCUAAAUACCAAGGCGUUAAUCUUUAUGUCAAAAACUUGUGUGACGAUGUUGAUGAUGAUAUUUUGCGCGAUGAGUUCUUAAAGUAUGGCCCAAUUACCAGUGCGAAAAUCAUGAAGGAUGAGAAGACGGGAGUAUCCAAGGGAUUUGGAUUUGUUUGCUUUACCUCCGCUGAUGAUGCCACAAGAGCUGUCGCUGAGAUGAACGGAUGUAUGCUCUCUUCAAAGCCCAUCUAUGUCGCAUUGGCCCAAAAGAAAGAUGAUCGUCGUAGCCAGCUUGAGGCGCAAAGACAGCAAAUUCAACAGCCGUUCGUACCUCCUACUACCUAUAUUUCAAACAGCCCCGUGUAUUAUGGAGGUAACCCCAAUAACCCUUACUCACAACCUAUGAUGGGUGCACCAAGACCUCCUAGAUGGUCGCAUCCUGUCUCCACUACCCCUACUGUGGAUCCCAUCCAAUCCCAGAUAGUCAGCAAUCCUCCAGCUCCUAUUGUUCCUACUCUGCCAGUUCAGUCAGUCCAACCAACUCAGCCAGUCCAGUCGGUUCAGUCAGUUCAACCCCAAGAAAAGUCUACACCCAAUCAAGUGACCCAGCAGUUGACUGUAGCUAUACUUUCAGCUAUGGCUCCCGAAGCCCAAAGACAAACGCUCGGAGAGCGCAUUUACAGGGUGGUGCAUGCUAAAUACCCGAACCUUGCUGGUAAAGUUACUGGUAUGCUCUUGGAGCUGAAGCAAGAUGAGCUUGUAUAUUUGAUUAACAACCCUCGUGCUUUGGAGAAGAAAGCACUUGAGGCUGUUACUCUUCUCGAAAAAAUCCGUGGCACUCGAGCAUAAAUAAAUAACACUCUUUAAAUGGCUCAUAAAAUUAUAUAUUACAGACGAAAAAUAAAAAUAAAAAUAAAAGAAAAUAAAUAUUUGCUAUGU